AAAAAAAGAAAGGUUUUUGAAGGGGAAAAAAAACUUGGGCGGGACAAAAACUCUGCGUUUUGCAAUAGAUGCCUUUACAGUUUUCAUUGCUUCCUCAAAACUUGAAAAAGAAUGGCGCGCUUGGGAACGGAGUUAGCAGCUCGGAUAAGCAGAGCUCUAAUCACCGAGUCAAAUCGCUCAAUCCCGACCCGUUCAUGGAAUCCAUUACUCGAGCAAACUCUACACAAAAUCGGUUGUCGCGACUCACUGAGUCAGUCACUCGUGGCUCGAGUCAUCGACCCACAUCUCUUAACUCACCACUCUCUUGCUCUGGGUUUCUUCAAUUGGGCUUCGCAACAACCCGGGUUCACUCAUAAUUCACUUACUUACCAUUCAGUACUCAAAUCUCUUUCUUUCUCCCGCCAAUUCAAUGCCAUUGAAUCACUGGUAAAGCAAACCAAAGCUCAAAACCUGACUCUCGAUUCUUCAAUUUAUCGAUUUGUUAUUGAUUCUUUGAUUAAAAGAGGAAAAACCCAGAUGGCAUUUUCGGUUUUUAACGAGAUUAAAUCACAAAGUUUAGAUCUUGGGACUGAGACAAGUAACUCUCUUUUGGCUUCUUUGGGGUCUGAUGGGUGUUUCACCAAUGCAAUGAAGGUGUUUGAUGAAAUGAAUAACAGAGGUAUUGGCUUUAGUACUAUUGGGUUUGGUGUAUUUAUAUGGAGGCUUUGUAGAAAUGGCGAUUUGGGUGAAGUUUUGCGCUUGGUAGAUGUGGUUGAAAGGUGUAAUUCCUUUAUUAAUGGGUCCGUUAUUGCGGUUUUAAUUGUUCAUGGGCUUUGUGAGGGUUCAAGAACAAGCGAGGCUUUGCGGGCAUUGAAUGAGUUGAGAAUUAGGGGGUGGAAACCUGAUUUUAUCGCAUAUAGGGUUGUUGCCGAAGCAUUUAGAUCGCUUGGAAGCGUUUUUGACGUGAACGAGGUUUUGAAGAUGAAGAGGAAGUUAGGAGUGGCACCGAGGAGUAAUGAUUACAGAGAGUUUAUUUUGGGUUUGAUUACUGAAAGACGGAUAUAUGAAGCAAAAGAAUUAGGCGAAGUUAUUGCGAGUGGCAACUUUCCUAUGGAAGACGAUGUUUUGAAUGCACUGAUAGGAUCAGUGUCGACAAUUGAUCCUUAUUCGGCAAUGAAGUUUUUUCAUUUUGUUAUUGGAAAAGGGAAGUUCCCAACGCUUUUAACGUUGAGCAAUUUGAGUAGGAAUCUUUGUAAGCAUGGGAAGAUUGAUGAGUUGUUGGAGGUAUACCGUGUUUUGUCUUCUAAUGAAUAUUUCUCUGAUAUGGAGAGUUACAAUGUGAUGUUUUCGUUCCUAUGCAUGAGUGGAAGAGUGAGAGAGGCUUAUGAGGUGCUUCAAGAGAUGAGAAAGAAAGGGUUAGACCCAGAUAUCUCAAUGUAUAAUUCCCUAAUUGAAGUGUUAUGUAGAGAAGAUCUGUUGCGUCCUGCUAAAAGGCUUUGGGAUGAAAUGUUUGUAAUCGGAUGUGGAGGGAACUUGAAAACUUACAAUAUUCUUAUUGGGAAAUUCUCAGAAAUAGGUCAAAUUGAAGAGGCUACGAGGCUUUUCAAUCACAUGUUGGAGAAAGGGGUGACACCUGAUGCUACAACUCACAGAUUCCUCCUUGAAGCCCUUUGCCAAGAAACAAAGUUUGAAACUGCAGUUGAUAUCUUCUACAAGCAUGUGAAUCACGAUGUAAUGCUUGCACAAAAUAUAUUGAAGACAUUGAUUCUAAACCUCUGCGGAAAAGGUCACUUCCUUGUUGCAUCUAAGUUUCUGUGUGGCCUCACUCAUGACGUCAUAUGCACUAAGCUUUUGGCCUUUUCUUCUUCUUCUUCAAACCCAGAACCUAUCUUGCACUUGCUUCAAGCCCUGUCACAAGAAUGUGUGAUCAGUAUAGAUUUCGGCAAUGAUUCUUGGAAGCAUUGCAGCAAAUCAUUGAAAUGAUCAUAGUAAAAAUUCAUGUGAAAAGUUGGACUCCUUGGUAUGGACAGUGGACAACAACCAUAAGACCUGCAACAUGUGUUUCUUGCUAGUGUUCCUACAGCUAAGAUCAAAUUUGCAAGAUUAAUUGGCUGUAUCGGAAGGCAACAACCAUCAGGGUUCAAAGUAGUCCAAGGUUCAAUCUAAAACAUUUCUACUAUUAUAGUUUUGUUUCUUUAAGUGUUCAACUGGCAUUUGUAGCAUACAGAUCUCAAGUCAGCAUUCUUCUGGAGGAUCCAUGCAUAUUUACAUCUGAGAUGACAUAUCCUGUGCAGAUUCCAACUCCACAGUUACUGUCACUACUCCCAUGGCCUUCAUUUACUACGUUGGCAUGUUGUUGCACCAUGAAGACGGUGGUCGUGCCCCUGAAUGAUGCUGAAGCCAAUAGAGAGCUAAUAGUGUCCAAAUCUUUGUCCUUGUUCCAAUUCGUGAGCCUGAUAAAACUGAUGAUCUGCUGUCAUGAUACCUUCCAUGUUCGCACUACUAGUUCAAAACAGUCCUCCAUUGAUCUAAUCACAUAAAUAGUUCCUGUCCCAACCACCAUCACCACCUCCAUUGGUACAUGAUCAGAUAAUUUCCUACGACAGCAGUUCUAAAUGCUCUCACCACUUUGUUGCCAAGCCUCUUUUCACAUGCUCGAUCAUUGGAAAUGUUCCGUUCUCAAGGAGCUGUCUAAUUGUCACAUUUGAUGUUGAGAUGUCUAGCCAUCCGUGCUCCUAUAGCCAAAGCCUCCCUACCAUCAGGUCUGGCCAAGAAGAGAACAGAAAUCCAAUAAGAAGACCAGCUCUAUAAGCUAGGUCUUGAGGUAUUCAGGAUCCCAUGGUCAACAAGGAUUACUACUGUGCAAUGGUGCCUUGUCAAGGGCAUUGCUGUUUUUAGUCUUGAUAGCCUUUCUUUGAGAAGCUACUUCACACUGGCUUGGAAUCUCUUGUGGAAAUGAACUAUAAUAAGGGAAGUCUUCUUCGCUAGCGCAAUUGAGCACACAUCAUGCAUCAUUUCAGUUGGAGAAAUUACAUUAAAAGGGUAAAACUAUAACUAGACCAUGACUGCUUUGCUUAAAGUAUCUGAAUGCAUUGAUCGGAUAUUUCAAGGUGUUGGCGCUAUUAGACGGCUGUAUGGUGAGAGGGUCUGCACUGCCAAGAAGCUUGAUCAGGUGGAGAACAUCAAUAGAUAGAGAUCUUCAAUUUGCCGGCUUUAUGGCCUUAAAGGGAUUGAUGGCAGUGGAACGAUCUAUUGAUUAUGGAUGCAUAACAUCAGUCAGAGUUCAGGGUGGAAUCUUGAGUACAUAGAUCUUUACCUGGAAACCAUAUGCCUCCUUGAAAUAUCCUAGAGGGUGUUUUUUUUUUUUUUU